AUGUCAAAGAAUGGUGUAUGGCAAUUAAAAAAAUUAGCAAUUAAUUAUUGCGAAUUUUCUGGAAGUAGUAAAUAUGUAAGAAAUAUUUUAAACUCGAAAGUAGAAAAAUUUAAAAGUGUUAACCCACAAAUCGAAUUUGAAUAUAAGGUCAAUCGUGGAUCACACCCAUACUUAAUAGCAACAUAUGAAUCAGGAGUAACAAAAACUGUACCAUUAAGAGGUAGAACAGAAGAAAAAGUUUUAAAACAUAUUCAAAAUCUUAAAGAUACUUCAGGUGAAAAACCAAGAAAGUUUGGUGAUAGAUAUAUUUCUAAAACAGAAUCAAUUCAAGGAUUGUGGAAUCCAUUCAUUAAUUUUAGUAACAGUGAACAAUAA